UGGUUAUAAUGCAUAUUAUGGUCACUUGUAUCUAUCAUGCUCGAUGUGGACGAUAACAUAUGAAUUUCCGGGCGACUUUUAAUCACUUAUUUCGGGUUAUUUUAGGCGCUUUUGGGUCUUUCAUUCAAGUUACUGGAAAAACUCCAUUACCCAUCAGCCCCUCUGUUUAUUGUGUUGAAGUCAGGAGGUAGCUUCAUUCCGCUGCAGCGAGUAGCUGGGACGCUGGCUGUUACUGUUGAACACCUCACUCGAGCAACAACAUCUAGCCCGAGUUAGAGUCGUCUAUGAUGGGAGACUGGAGUCAGUAACAGCUGUUACCUGUGGCAGCAAGUUCACCAUGAUGUCCAUGACUUUUGGAGUGUCGAGCAGCGUGACGCUGCUGUUUGACUUCUGGGAUGUGCACGGUCCUGCAGGGAUGGUGCUGUCAGUGUUGGUGGUCUUUCUGCUGACGGUCUUCUACGAGGUGCUCAAAGUGUGGAGGGUGUGGCUGGAGAGUAAAUCUAAGCUGGCUCAGCCUCUGUGUCCGUACACAGCCGCUACAUCCUCCCGCAGCGAAAGCACCUCCGCACUGGAAAGCAGCCCCUCCGAAUCCUCGCUGACCCCCAUGGAGUCACCCCCUACGGAUCCAAACACCAGAAACAGCUGGUUGCUGCACGGUAUCCAGACAGCCCUCCACAUGCUGCAGGUGACUCUGGGCUACAUGCUGAUGCUGUGUGUCAUGUCCUACAACACCUGGAUCUUCCUCGGGGUCAUCGCGGGCUCCGUCCUCGGUUAUUUCAUCUCAUUCCCUCUCCUGGGUCGGAUCUGAUGGUAUGGACAGUUCCGGCAGAGGAUGGAUUUUUUUCCUUUUUCACCCCCCCGAGUUAAAAGGAUCUUAUGCUCUGGAUACUAAAUGGGAAACUACUUGAUUGACUAAUAUCAGCGUGUUUUUUCCUCUGGGCGCAGUUAAUGUUUGUGAAGAUUUUUAACACUAGGAGUGCACGAGAGGGGAAGUCCUUGUAAACUGAAGAAUGAGCUACACAAUACUAAAGGCUGCAUUUGCACCAAAUCAGGCGCUGCGGUGAAAACACCAGUCCUCCCAUUCAUUUGAAUAUGGGUAGUGCGUUUAACCUGUAGC